UUGCCAUCUCAUGAUACUCUCAGAGUUACCAUAUCUAUUCAUUUUUCGAGAAAGUUCUACAUCCACUUUGUGACACCCAUUUACUUUUUUUCCACGUCUAGAAUUUACAGAAGUGUAUAUGUGUUUAUAACGUGGAUCAUGGGAAUCAAAUAUUAUGGCUAGUCAGUUUGGCAGUUGCUUGAGCCAGACGAUGUGUUGCACUCAAUGAAUCCCAGGCUUACAUCGCACUAGCAUAUUGUGGGCCCUGGUCGUGACACACUUACGACCUACACACUUAUGACCUUGUCCACGUAUAUCCCAGCCAAAUGCCCAUAGUGAAAUUUGAUGACCUAUUGGACUCUUUCUGUCCUAAGAUCACAGGCACUCAACUUCUCAAGAGAGAAUGUCCAACCAGCAGUUGGUGUUGUAAACCCAGGCAAAAGCAUUGAAGUAUCUGUACACCAUGAAGAAAAUUCUACUCAAGAAGCAUUUGUGGACGGAAUUAUAAGUAGCCGACGGUGCGAAGACAUUAUGGAGAAAGAAGCCGUGCUGUUAGUGAAUGUAAUGGGUAAUUACUCGACCAAGCGAAUAACUCACCGGGUAAAUGUCCAUUGCUGUUAUUCGGACAGGCUGUCCAGUGGGGAAAAAGGAAUUUCUAAGAGAGUUCAAUCAAACCAUCUUGGUGCUGAUUUUGCUGCAGACCUGGAAAGUAACACAGAUUUGGUUCAGGACUCAUGUACAAACCCCUGAUCAUUGUACUGAUACUUCAUAAAAGAUGAAUUUUUUGGAGAAAUUGAGGUAACUUUAGAUCAAUUCUUUAUUCUUUUGUACAUAUUAGCUAACAUGCAAAAUGUUCUUUAGACAGUUGAUUUUGAUUGUUUGUAGGGCUAUAUUUGUUGGUUAUCUUAAAGUUCCUUGUCGAAAUGUAUUUGUUAGGUAUGAUCUUGUGUAUUUACACUUUGUAAUGAUGUGCAUAAGCUCUUGUAAGAUUUUUGCCCCUUUUUUCCGCCUACUGUAUAUUUGAUAGAGAACUGUAAUGAGUUUAUUUGAA